AUGGCAGGUAACAAUAAAAAUCCGUCUCAGUUUCUGGCUCCGCCUACUGUCGCAGCAUUGAGGGAAGAGGCCCGUACCCCGAUCCAUAACAGGCUGGCUCUGGCUCUGGACCGUUCCUAUAGCGAAGAUAUGCGAGCAGAACGUGAGGAUUUGCGCGAAGCUGCAGAACAAACCUUGAAUGUGAUCUUGGAUCUGGGCUUGGAUGGCCGCGUAAAAUGGGUGAGCCCUUCUUGGAGACAGGUUGUUGGCACCGACCCAGACUCUGUGGCAGGCAAGAUCGUGUCCGAUAUCCUCUGGAAUAAUAAGACGUGUUUUCAAGAUGCUGUCAAGUUGAUGAAGGAGGACGAUUCUCGAAGUCGGUUUAUUCGUUUCUCGGUCCUGAUGGGCCCUGAUUCAAUGUUGAAACCUUCCCAAACCCACGACGACAUUGAGAUUGGUGAGCUUGAAGGCGUUGGUGCCGGAGAAACAGACAACUACCCAAACUACGUGAGAAAAGAGGAUGAUGGUGAUGUACUGUGUAUGGAAGCGCAAGGCAUCAUGAUUUAUGACCGCUCAGGCGAUGGCGAGGGACAUACCAUGUGGAUGUUACGACCGUCCACAUCGCCUAGAGAAGUGACCAUUGAUCUUCCCCCACUCCUCGUGAAGUCCCUGGGCGUCGGCGCAGAGGUGCUCGCCAAUCACUUGACGACGUUGGCCGAACGAGCUGCUGACCCCAAUGCCGACAAAUCCGUUACACCUACUCCAGUACUCUGUCGAAUCUGUGAACGUCAAAUUACUCCCUGGUGGUUCGAGAAGCAUUCGGAAUUGUGCCUCCAGGAACACACCGCGGAGUUAGAGGUUCAAAUGGCCCAAGACAAUCUCAACGAGCAUCGACAUGCAAUUGUCAAAAUCCUCGACACUUUGGAGGCUCGCCAGGGGCGCAUUCCUACCGACGGACAACCAGCUGCCCCCCAACCAGAGUACAAGGGUUUGCCUAUCGGACCAUCUCCUUCAUCGUCUGUUCCGACGUCAACACCUGGCUCCUCUCCAGCCACACCACCACGUUCAAGAGACCCUUCAACCUCAGGCAUGGGCCAUGGAAGAGGUCGGUCUUUUGCCGUACGACGUCCCCUAGCUCGCAUUGUUGAGCUGAUACUAGAUCUUUGUGACACCGCUCUGGAGAUCAGUACUCCAGCCCUCAAGGAGACAAGAACAGACAGCAUCGAGGAUCUACGAACUUUAUCCCCACAAUCAGAGUCCCGCAUUUCCCAAGUGUUGCAAUGGCAGUCCCCAAGCAGCAAUACCUUGGAGCAGGAACAAGGCCUUGCUGCCUUGUCUACGGAUACCGAACAAGUCGCUAAGGCCAAGGUGGAUGCUGUCGUUCGUCAUCGCCGAAUUGUCGAGUAUGCAGAGAGAAUCCGCGUCGAAUAUUCGGUCAUGGUGGAGGAGUGUAUGGACGUUGCACUCAGUAAAGCGGAGCGAAUUGCGGCCGGCGAUAUUUCGGAUUCUUCAUCAUCCACCUCAUAUGGGCAAGAAGAUGAGCAGCUGGAACAGACCCUGCCAGAUGACGAGGCAAAGGACCAGCAAGAAAAUGCUGCGGAGGCCGGCGCCUUUUUAUCUCAAAACCCUCAGGCCGACGUUCCGACACGUGAUUCUUCAGAUCCUUCGCCGUUUUCUCAAUCACCCCGACGUGGCUCCUCUGUCGCCGUUUCGACUCGUUCGGCCAGUCCGCUAGAAUGUCCCACUCCACGCUCCCAUAAAAGCAUUAGCGGAAUUCUAGGCACAUCGCAACCAUCUAUCAAGCGAGGAUCUCUUUUGGCCGAAAGUGACAUUGGUGAUAAUAGUGACAGCAGUAGUGUGCCGUCUUCCUCAUUGAUUGCUGCUGGUGCUAGGGUGACAGAAUCGCCGUCAUCCGAAAAGGGAAUCCCACAAACCAACAGUGGAAGGAGCAGGAAACGUAAGAGCCUGAUCUUACCGAAUCUGUCGAGCUCACCCCGUCGUCAGGCAUCUCCAGGUCGUGUGCCAGGCCCUGGAUCCCCCCUACGCCUCUCCAAACCCCGUCUUCCUAGUGGUGAGAGUAUGCCGUCGCCUAGCAUAUCUCCCUUACUGCCUACAAAUGAGUUAAAUGCUCAUGGGCUGCCUUCACAGCACCAUCAUCAUCUGCACACCUACUUUCAUCAUCGUCGGCAGUCGUCAACAGCGUCUUCAGAUCCCAGGGCACCCAUCUCACCUCAUUUGAGCUCCGUGAGCCAGCCUCAACCUCGUCCGGCGCCGACUUCGAUCAAAGAUUUCGAGGUCAUUAAGCCAAUCAGUAAGGGUGCCUUUGGAAGUGUGUAUCUUGCCAAAAAGAAGGUAACUGGAGAAUAUUUCGCCAUAAAGAUGCUGAAAAAGGCCGACAUGGUGGCCAAAAAUCAAGUCACCAAUGUCAAGGCGGAACGAGCAAUCAUGAUGUGGCAAGGAGAGAGUGAUUUUGUGGCCAAGUUAUACUGGACUUUCUCUAGUAAAGAUUAUCUCUAUCUAGUCAUGGAGUACUUGAAUGGAGGAGACUGUGCCUCGCUUGUGAAAAUUCUCGGUGGUUUGCCUGAAGACUGGGCUAAGAAGUACAUCGCUGAAGUUGUCCUGGGAGUUGAGCAUCUUCACAACCGAGGCAUUGUACAUCGGGACUUGAAACCGGACAAUCUUUUGAUAGACCAGCGCGGCCACCUCAAAUUGACAGAUUUCGGUUUAUCUAGAAUGGGAUUGGUCGGUCGUCAAAAGCGUGUUCUAAAGAGCCCAAACGAAUCCGCACCAGACUUACUCAAGCAAGGCUCUUUCCCACGAGCUAUGUCUUUGGUUUCGUCACGCUCUGCGUCCUUUGAUUUCCAGGGUGGGCACUCGCCUAGUUCCACUCCUAUCAUUGCGCCUGACCCUGUAGGAAGCUACAAUCAACCAUCCUACUUCAGCCUCAAUCAAACGACUGCUUCUCGCGAGAGUGUCGGUCGUGCAUCAGGUUACCGUAGUGAUAGCGGUGGAAGUGACACUCUGAAUGCGAUGUUUCGGACAUUUUCUCUCGGAGAAGGCGCGCCAGAGACCCCUGCGCUGCUACCACCUCCGUAUCAGGCCGUUACUGAAGACGAAGCACCGAGUGAAGGAGGCGAGUCUCCGCAUUUGGUACCGCUGAGCAAGACCGUGAGCGCGGCUUCUUCAUCAGCAAUGUAUGGUACACCACCGCAACAAUCUAUGCUGCCCCCUCCAAUGGCGCUGUUUGACCCUGAAGAUCAUAAUCGAAGGUUCGUUGGUACGCCAGAUUAUCUAGCUCCUGAGACUAUCAAUGGCGUUGGUCAAGAUGAUAUGAGUGAUUGGUGGUCACUUGGUUGCAUUCUAUUUGAGUUCCUCUUUGGAUAUCCCCCAUUCAAUGCCGCAACGCCCGAUGAGGUCUUUGAGAAUAUUUUGCACCGUCGGAUCAACUGGCCUGACGAAGCUCAGGAACUGGUCUCCCCUGAAGCUCUUGACCUGAUAAAUAGACUGAUGACAAUUAAACCCGAAGAACGGCUCGGCGCUAACAUUGAAGAGAAAUAUCCCAACGGAGGUAGCGAAAUACGUAAUCACCCCUGGUUUUCCGACAUCAACUGGGAUACGUUGCUCGAAGACAAGGCGGAAUUUGUUCCUAACCCCGAGAACCCAGAGGAUACCGAGUACUUCGACGCUCGCGGUGCGACUCUGCAAUCGUUCGAGGAAAUAGAGGAUCAGGCGUCUCCCCAUUACCCAGCAACGUCUGGAGAGUAUCCUGAUCGACCGCAUGAUGCUCUCUCCAAGGUCCGCUCACAGGUCAAUUCCAUAAAAAGAGGGCUUAUGCCAUUGCACAUUCCGCCUCAUGUUCGCGAUACACGAAGUCGACGUCUGAGUGAGCCUGUUUUGGCCGAUGACUUUGGCAACUUUAACUUUAAGAAUCUUCCAAUGUUGGAAAAAGCAAACAAGGAUGUCAUCCAGAGAUUGCGGCAAGAAGCCUUGCAAGCUCAGCAGAGACAAGCGUCAUCGACAGCAGCGUCACCCACUGUACCUAGCUCUGCUCCAUCUCUCGAAGGUAGCCCUCUCCUUCCGAUGCCGCUACAACGUACACUUUCACAGAACAAAGGCAAUCGGCCCGUUUCUCCAUCUGGACUAAGUCAAAGUGGCUCAUCGCCCAAUCGCCCCUCGCAACCCUCUUCACCCCUGCUUGUUCAAUUUAGCACUGGCCAAAAUCAUGAACGUAGAAAGACAUCUGGGUCCUCAUCGGCACAGUCUCAACAAUCGGUUAGUCCAGCAUCUGAUAAAAUUGGAGAAGUCCCUCGUCUAACACCUAGUACCAAGCUUGCAUCUUCGGCGCCUUCUCCCAACAAAGCUGGCCGCUUGACCACGCAUUCCCCUGAGAAGACUGCGACCGGAAGUGCUCAACCAAAUGUUACUCGUGCUAGGUCUCAGACAAUCGGAUCACAAGAUAGCGAAGGACAUUCUGCCGCAGCCAGAGAGCAAUUCAUACCCAGCCACCACAAACGCCGAAGUCAAUUAUUUGAUAUCUCUCCCUCAUCAUCUGAUAACGAAGACCCGCGUACCAAAGCGCUCUUGAAAGUGCAACGGAGGCGCCAAAGCUCCCGGAGACUGUCCCAACUUAACUUGGUGGACGGCCCAGUUUUCCGUCCUCUUGACAUCUUGAUAUGUGAGGAUCACCCGGUUUCCAGAAUGGUAAUGGAACGGCUUUUCGAGAAACUACGCUGUCGCACGAUUACUGCAAAUAAUGGCUCCGAGGCUAUUCGGUAUGCUCUGAGCGAAGUUCAGUUUGAUAUCAUUAUGACUGAAGUCAAGCUUCCUCAAAUCAAUGGAGCGGACGUGGCUCGCAUGAUACGCGAAACGCGAAGUGCCAAUAGACAUACUCCUAUCAUUGCUGUUACGGGUUACCUCAAUGACCUUCCUGAGGCGCAUCAUUUUAGCGCUUUGAUUGAGAAGCCGCCGACUCUCAACAAAUUGACGGAGGCACUAUGCAAGUUUUGUCAAUGGAAGCCCCCGCCUAAAGAUUACGUCCCUACACAACCGUUGAUGAUACCUCCGCCCCUGCCUCGCAGUAUUAAUCAAGCUGAAGACAGCCCCAGCUCUAUAUCCUCUGCGUUCCAACAGAUACCUUCUAGUUCUUAUCGAGGCUCUAGCAGAGCGGAUUCAGUCGGCAGUAGCUAUUUCGGCGAUAUGGAAUCGACAAGGACAGAAGAUAUUCCAGUUGUUGUCAGCCGUCCCCCAGAUAAUUGGGGUGACACAUCGGAGGGCCUGGGGAUAUCAGAAGGAGUAUCAACACUCAAAGCAACUGAUACAAAACCGAAGUCAACUGUUCCUAAUGCUCUCAGUCUUCCCCAGCUGCAGCAUGCUCUUUCCGCGCCGCCUACAUCCACCGCCCCUAGUUGGAUUGCACCGCGAAAACAGCGGUCCAGUGAAGCAAUCCGUGCCAAGCGGGAAUCAUUGGAGAAACGUCGUUACGAAGGUGCUGAAUCAGGGGAUGACGAAGACGAAGAACUGGGCAACAUCCAGGCUCGCCAGCGGGGUCCACAUACUUCGAAGGGGCCUCGCUCCAGCUCGAAAUUAGGCACAGAGAUGAUGCGGACGAAUAGCCGUGGAAGCGUGGUGAGCGGCACUGAGGAGAUAUCUUCGAAAGAGGGAACGCUGGAAAAGCUAGAAGUCAACGAACUGGGAGAACAGCUGAGCUGCUUCCGGUUGUCACCAGAGAUAGGCUCAGAUAACAUCGCCUUGUCCGGACAGGACGAAGAUAGGGCUGAGUCACCCCGUUCGUCUAGAUCGCCUGAUCAAUUCAGACGUCCGACGCUGGAGCCUCUCCACGAGUAUCCAACAGAGAUUCGUUCUCCUAGCGUCCUAGAAGCAAGCGUACAGCCUUCGACAGCAAAACUUUUUACUCCAUCUAAAGAGUACAAUACGGAGCCAGCCAAAUCACCGCAGACGUUUAUGAAGCCAAGCUCAGCAGCUUCUGAAGAGCAGACCGACUCUGAGAGCAUCGAUCCCGAUGCAACUCCAAGGCCAGCUCCCACCCCAGCUAUGUCAGAGCUAGACAAUGCAACACCUCGGGGUCCAGGCAAAAGCCGUAGCCAAACUUCUGAACCGAGUCGCGAACAAAAUGCUGGGGACGGCCGGACGAGUCAUCAUCAUUUUCGAGAUCUUCUCUCUUGGGGAAAGCGGUGA